AUGGUAUUGCCGAAUUUAUGCGAACAAAAAGGUGCUGAUUGGUGUACGCUUGAAUGUCAACUAUUGGGUGGACGUGAUGGUCGCUGUGACAAAAGGAGAAUGUGCAAUUGUCGUCCAUUAUAG